AUGCCGGCACUAGAGCUGCUCGCCUCGGCGACUGAGAUGAAUAAGCAAAUUGACCUCGAUGAAGAGCUUUGCAACAAAACCAGCUUAGAAAUCCGUUACCAUUACGGAAACCAUUCAGCAGCGCGGAACUACCUUAGUCUUCUAAUUGUCGCACUGCCAUUUCUUCUUCACCACCCUGACUUCUACAGUUUGAUCUCUGAAUACAGACUAAAAAUGGUUGUGAAUAUACCACCACAUUUGAUUGAUAAUGAAGGAGAAAUGGCUGGUAACCAGCACAUAUAUCAGCCUGUGGGUAAACCAGAUCACGCAGCUCCACCAAAGAAACCUCCCCGCCCUGGAGCCCCCAGCCACUUGGGCAGCCUUGCAAGCCUGAACAGCCCUGUGGACAGCUACAACGAAGGCGUGAAGAUUCAGCCGCAGGAAAUCAGCCCUCCUCCUACGGCCAACCUGGACCGCUCAAACGACAAAGUCUACGAGAAUGUAACCGGACUGGUGAAAGCGGUCAUAGAAAUGUCCAGUAAAAUACAGCCGGCUCCGCCAGAGGAGUACGUACCCAUGGUAAAGGAGGUGGGUUUGGCACUAAGAACCUUACUGGCAACAGUAGAUGAGACCCUCCCAGUGCUUCCUGCAAGCACCCACAGAGAGAUUGAGAUGGCACAGAAGCUGCUGAACUCAGACUUGGCCGAGCUCAUUAACAAGAUGAAGCUGGCACAGCAGUACGUCAUGACCAGCCUGCAGCAGGAGUACAAAAAGCAAAUGCUCACCGCUGCUCACGCUCUGGCUGUGGAUGCAAAAAACUUGCUGGAUGUUAUUGAUCAAGCCAGACUGAAAAUGAUCAGUCAGUCCAGACCGCACUAAGUACUGAGGGAAGAGUUUCAUCAGUCUAAAAAUUCUGCUUGCGAAAGGAUGUUAUUUCACCUUCCACCAGCAGUGAGGAUUAACCCGGUGUAGUCCUGGCUUUCCAGCGCCUCUUGCUUCAGCAGACCUGACUGACAGCUGUUGGUUCUCUCUCAUUACAAACGUUUAACCAAGUUAAGUUUUUAUCGUAAAGCCAAGCUGGUCUGGGAUUCAAAAAGUGGCAUUAUCACAAGAUGAAGUUUGUACAGAAGUCCUCGGGAAAUCACAGCUAUGGAGCACACUUCAGUUUUAUACCAUCGCAUGGGACACGCUUAGCCUAGAGCUGCCACAGGGUUAUGGUCUCGGAGCCAAAACUGUUGGAGCAGCAGAUCAGAGGAAGAUAUUGUGAAGUGAAGAAUUCGGGGAAACCUCAGGGCUGAGAAUUCUUGCCCACAGUAUAUGAACUAUCCAGACUGGAAUUUUUUUAUUAGAACACUUACGUCGCAAUAUGCUAAUCACAAUUUACAGAGAAAGAAUAAAAAGCUAUAUUUUCAAGACUUCAGUCAUUUCAAGACAAACUAAAGCCCUCUUCAUCUUCCUGCCUUUUACUUUUAUGUGAAUGUGUGAAGCAUUUGGUUGGAACUAGCUGUAGAACGCAACUGAGAACUCAUCUUUUCCACCAGAAUAACGUGCCAGUUCUUUUGUAGCAAUGUUGUUUUCCUUGGAAGCAAAAAUGCUGCUUUGUACCAGAGCAAUUCAGAGCUGCAUUUAGAGGAGUUCUGUAACCAUUCAUGUCCCCCAUUUUUAUAUAAUUUAUAAAGACAGAUUAAAGCCAUGUUGAAUAUUUUAAACCCGCUGUAGUUAACUAACCCAUCCUUUUGUCUAUCUUGCCUGGGAGGAGUUACAGUAGAGCAGUGUAAUUAGAUUUUCCUUGGUUUUCCAGUUAUGCCAUCUGUUCUGUUAAAAUAAAAACCACACUCCCUUUUUGCUGUUGAGGGAUAUAAAUUAUUCUCAGGAAGAAUAUAAUGAACUGUACAGUUACUUUGACCUAUUAAAAAGGUGUUACCAGUGAAA